AUUAUUGUUAUUGAUUUCUGGAGGUUUUUCUAAUGGUUUAGCGGUCAUGGUGUGCAUAGAGACAUUUAAUCAAAACUCAAAGAGGUCUCGAGCGCGCUGGUGAAUUCCAUUGGUACGUUAAUUAGUACACUGGACAGCGCGCGUGCACGUCUCUCCAGAUGGGAGCGCGCGUUUAACGGGGUUUCUUAUUGGGGGAGCGUCUCUGGGACUGACUGAACGACUUAUGUCCUCCUGUGUGUAGGUGUGAGUGUGAGUGUGUGGUAAUCAUCGUGACUCUCUCUCUCUCUCUCUCUCUCUCUCUGGAACUCUUCUCGUCUAGCUCGUAAAGGCUCCAGGACAGCAUGCUCCCGACUUCCUCGCAGUGUUUUUGUUCCAGUUCUUGUCUGAAGUCGCCGCUCUGAAGGUGAUGACUUCUCCGCUCUAGACACGGCGCUGUACGGACCUGAUCUCUCUGCAGGACAUCUCAAAUCCCAUGAGCCUUUGAGCCAGCAGAAAGGUACCAGGAGAAAAGAGAGGUAGAAAAGAAUAUGCCUGGACUGCAUGAUGGACUCCAACAGCACAGAGCCUGGUCAAUACCUGCCCAUAGGCAGUCUGGGACCACCAGUUUACCCACAAUCCUCUCCAUGGCCACUACUUCAGAGCAUGGCUGACACCAACACCUCUUCCUUCCAGGGCAUUCUGAACUUCAGCGCAGUCAACCGUAGUGACGGAGGAUUGGAGAGCAAAUACGACCCUUUGGGCGGCCAUUCGUUAUGGCAGGUCAUUCUCAUUGUCCUGUUCACGGGAUUGCUGUCCCUCAUCACCAUCAUAGGCAACAUCCUGGUCCUCGUCUCAUUCAAAGUCAACCGGCAGCUCAAGACUGUCAACAAUUAUUUCCUGCUCAGUCUGGCCUUCGCCGACCUCAUCAUAGGGGUCAUAUCUAUGAACCUGUACACAACAUAUAUUGUGAUGGGGCAGUGGGCCAUGGGAAACUGGGCAUGCGAUUUCUGGUUAGCAAUAGACUAUGUGGCCAGCAAUGCAUCUGUUAUGAACCUGCUGGUGAUUAGCUUUGACCGGUACUUCUCCAUUACACGCCCGCUGACAUAUCGUGCCAAACGUACUACCAAACGGGCAGUAUUGAUGAUUGGACUGGCCUGGCUUGUAUCUUUCGUCAUCUGGGCGCCGGCCAUCUUGUUUUGGCAGUAUUUUGUGGGCGAGAGGACGGUUCCGCCUGACAAGUGCUAUAUCCAGUUUCUGUCCGAGCCAAUUAUUACGUUUUGUACAGCUAUGGCAGCCUUUUAUCUUCCCGUUACCAUUAUGAGUGUACUGUAUUGGAGGAUUUAUAAAGAGACCGAGAACCGCUCCCGAGAACUUGCAGGACUUCAAGGCUCGGGAGGACGGCUGGGUGGAGCAGAACGGCCUCAUUUCCGUAUCUCCGCCACAAGGGCCAGCUCGAGAAGCUGCCGCAGCUUCGAGCUGAGCCGAUCUGCACAGAGACAGAAGUCCCUGCUAGGACUUUCUGGCCACUGUUGGAAGUGGAGGUCUGGUGGUGCAGCUGGGAUCCAUAGUCGAACUGAGGUGGACCAGCGCAGCUGUGACAGUUGGAACAACAAUGACACUGCUGAUCAUUCUGGCUCGUCCGAUGAGGAGGACAGCGGACCAUCUACAACACGUGCUAUCUUCUCCAUUGUUCUCAGUCUACCUGGCAUGCGGGCAGCCGUGAACUCCCAGAUCAAGUCCUCUGAGGACUUGGGCAUCUCUGAGGAAGACCCACUACAGGGAACAGCAGAAAGCGUCAGCAAGAAUGACAGUCUUUCGUGUUCUGUCAGCAACGGCAAAAAGUGCUUUGCCUCUAAUAUUGCCAAUGUGCAGUCCAUAUCUGCCAUUCAAGCUACAGCCACGAGCACCGACUCCACCAAUGCUGCCACCAACAAAUCUGCCUCCACACCUAUAUCUUUUAAAGAGGCAGCACUGGCAAAGCGUUUUGUCUCUCGCGCGAGGACGCAGAUUACUAAACGUAAGCGCAUGUCACUAGUGAAAGAGAAGAAAGCUGCCCAGACCCUCAGUGCCAUCCUUUUCGCUUUCAUCAUAACGUGGACACCUUAUAACAUCAUGGUGCUCAUCAACACGUUCUGCAAUGGCUGCAUCCCAGAAUCCCUGUGGGCGCUAGGCUACUGGCUGUGCUACGUUAACAGCACGGUCAACCCGAUGUGCUACGCUCUGUGCAACAAGACUUUCCGCAACACGUUUAAAAUGAUCCUACUAUGUCGAUGGAAUGAGAAGAAAAGCAAGCAAGGCUUUCAGCAGAGGGAGUCUGUCCGUUUACACAGGAGUAUACCUGGAGACUCUACGUAGCAUAGUUAGCCUGAAAACUAUGCUAACAUGGAUGAAAUACGACGUCCAAUCUGUGGAUAUACAGUCGUUUGUAAAUGGAGUCAUACUGAGGCUGUCUUCUUUGAUUUGACUCAGGGUUUGGCUUUGGAUUUUGGUACACGUUCAUUAAUGUCUCCAGCGCCAGAACUUGUUUGAGCUCUUGUUGGUUCUAGUUGGUGACCUUGGUUCCACACUGUGACUUUAGUAGAGGAUGUUUGAAUUGAAUAAGUUCAACUGUCGCGAGUACCUUCUAGAAAAAGGUAAUACACCUGGAGUCAGACGCUAACAAUGACCUCGAACACGGCAUCUAGUGGUCGACAAAGGAACUGUUUGAAACUUUGCGGGGUUUUUUUUUUUUUUAGAUCAGUUUCAGUGAACUGCAUGUACAUUUCAGGGAUGGAAAUUGACUGUUUCAUUAUUAAUUCAUGUAAACUAAAAAAAAAAAAAAAAAAAAACGAAAAAAAAAGAAGUACAAAAUUGUAUGUGUAACUCGAGUUGAAGUGAUUUAUCUGUAUGUAGAUUCUGGCUGUUUUUGUGAACACGUUGUAAAAGAAGGUCUUGCGUCAUCGUAAGAUCUCAGUGUAUUAAUGUUCUCGUGUACGCUGUAAAUCACAUACGAAGAGGUUCGAAAUUUUCUUUUUACGCACUAUUGAUAUGUUUUCCUCGGAACCUGACUUUGGUAGGUGGCAGGGCGGUGAGCGUGACUAUUGUUUACAUGACGUGUAUUUCACUAGCUGUUUAUUUUGCAUAUUAACGAUUUCGUUCUUUGUACUUAACCGAGAUUCGUUGUGCAUAAACAACAACCACAAGGUGGCUAUUUUAUUUUUUAAAUCCAAAUAUCUUAUCUUUAUUAUGUUUGGGUGAUUUAGAUAAUUUAAAUGCAUUUAUUAUACUUUUUAUAAUGUGGGACCAGCUGUCGGUUUGGUUUGCUGUGAAACUAUUUGCUUACUAUUUUUGGUAGUCAUAAUGCCAGUUUAGUAUAAAAUAAAAAAAAAAUUUUUUUGAAAUCCUCUGCAUUAGACAUGAAUAGUUCCUAAGUGCAGUGUAACUCAUACAACGUGUUACUGUGUUGCUACAGCAGGCUUUAAUCUCAUUUGUCCACACAAAGAAAAAAUAAUGCAGAAACGCAGAAAGAACAAAAAUGUGCUAGGAGUGCCGCACUGCCCUCUCAUGGACACCUAGUGGUCCUACAGGUCAGUUAUUCAUUAUGUAUUUUUCUAGACCUAAAAACUAUAGCAGUAUAGUUUUUCCACUUCCUUAAAAUACACUUAACUAACAUUUAUCCCGAAUGUAAUUAAUUAGCCAAGGCAUUUUUGGUGUCCAAAAUUUGCUUCUUUUUUCUUUACUGAGGCUGUGAGGUUAAAGUCGCUGCAAUGUAAAGUAUUGUAAGGUGCUUUCAUACUUGGCUUUUUAGCUUUUUUUUUUUUUUUUUUUUUUCAUAGGCAGAAAAAGUUGUCCAAA